UCCAGCCAGGUCACAGGUGGCAAGGAUAAGACAGCUGCCCUCGGAAAGAAUUGUCCUCCCGAAGCUGUAGAGAGGCCUUCUCCUAGCUCUGAGUCCCAUUUCUUAGGAUGGAUCAGGCAAUGCUGCAGAUGCUUGUUCUGUUGGCCCUGGGAAUGCACCACCGGUGUGCCUCAGGUUUCCCGGUGUAUGACUUCGACCCUUCGUCCCUGCAGGAAGCCCUCAAGGCCUCAGUGGCAAAGGUGAACGCACAAUCCCUGAGUCCUUACCUGUUUCAGGCGACCCGGAACUCCCUGAAGAGAGUCAAUGUCCUGGAUGAAGACACCUUAGUCAUGACCUUGGAGUUCAGUGUUCAGGAAACUACAUGCCUGAGAGAGUCUGAUGAUACCUCUGACUGUACAUUCCAAAGGGGCUACUACGUGCCAACAGCUGCUUGCAGGAGCACCGUGCAGAUGUCCAAGGGACAGGCACAAGAUGUGUGGGCUCACUGCCGCUGGGCCUCCACAUCUGAGUCCGACAGCAGUGAAGAGAUGAUUUUUGAGGACAUGCCAAGAUCCUAUAGACGGAGAAACAAUUAUCUGCUUGAGAAAGUGAGAAGGGGACAUCCUCCUGCACAUAGAAGGUUCCAGAACCUCCAACACAGAGCAAGAAUAAAUUCUGGCUUAGAGUGACAUCUUAGAGAAUCUGUGAAAGGAAGAGAAGCAGAAGCGACAAUGAAGAAAGGCGUGUGGCAAAUUAUGCCAUUUUCCCCCUGAUAAGCUCCACUAUGCAAUAAAUGUCUCUCUCUUCC